GUUUACACAUUCAGUUAUUCAGUGCCCAUUGUAACAUCACCAGUUCGAUUCCACACACUCCCCUAUGUUGCUCACAAACGCCUUGUACCAGGGACACGCGUCGUAACUAAUCCAACACGAGUGUAUAGAUCAUCUCCAGUAAGGGUGAUCAGAUCACCAGUGAGAGUGAGCUCACCCCUUCGCCCCUUAACAUUUCCUGUACGCCCAUCCGUUAUCCACAGAGAGCUGUAUCGCAUUGAAAACAAGGUCCGUUCGAGUCCUGGGUAUCUGCCAACAUCGAGUUAUUUAAAUUCGUCUUCGGCCCUGGACUUUGCUGAUGAAGCAAGAGAUAUUCGCAAUGCUACUACUGCUUUGCUUAAGACUUGUCACACAAAAGUACCUCGUGCUGCAAGUGUCCCUCCAGUAGUAUAUUCAAGGCUUGACCGUCUGCAAUCUCCUGUUCCCUAUGAUCGCGGAUUUGACGCCUAUAUUCAGGAUAUCUUGAAUCCGGUAAAAAAAGUCCAGCGUGACAUAAACUUCUUCUCAAAAUAUGCAGAGCCAGCGCGUAAAUAUGUUGGUAAGAGCCAUUUGGCAUCUAUCCGCAUAGUGGGAAAUAAAGCCUACGCAAAGAGGAAACCACUUAAAGAAGAACUUUUCCCUAGUAAAGUCCAAAAUGAUAUAAAAUUACUCUCAUAUUAUGCCAAGAAUAAGCAAGUUCCAGCAAGCAAUGACCAAGCAUUGAAUACCAUGCUGAAUCCUAUGCGACCAUCACGUAAAUUUAACAAACCAUCCACACUGGCUGAAGAAGACGAAAAGAAAGCAGGUGCUAAAGAUAUUGACGACUUUACGUUGGAACGUAAAAAUAAACUGAGGGCAAACUUAGAAGAAGCUGCUCUUAUCGAGGAAGCCAAAGUUGCUGAGAAGAAGCGCUUAGCUGAAGAAAAUAAACGUGCAGAAGAAGCACGUUUAGCCGAGGAAGAAAGAAGAGCUGAAGAAACAAGGUUAGCCGAAGAAGCACGUGUUGCAGAAGACGCACGCUUAGCAGAAGAAGCCAAGAAAGCAGAAAAAGCACGAAAAGCCGAGGAAAAACGAAAAGCUGAAGAAGCCAGAAGAGCAGAAGAAGAACGUCUUGCUGAAGAAGCCAGAAUUCUUGAAGAGGCUCGUCUAGCAGAAGAAGCUCGUCUGGCUGAAGAAGCUCGUUUGGCUGAAGAAGCUCGUCUAGCUGAAGAAGCUCGACUGGCUGAAGAAGCUCGUCUGGCUGAAGAAGCUCGUCUAGCUGAAGAAGCUCGUCUGGCUGAAGAAGCUCGUCUUAUUGAAGAAGCAAAACUAGAAGAAGAAGCCAGGCAAGCGGAAGAACUGCGUAAACAGCGAGAAGAAGAGAUAGCACGCCUUGAAGAGUUGGAGAAAAUUGCAGCAGAAGAACAGGAAGCUGAAUUAGCCAGACAAGCUGCUGAGUUAGCAGAACUUGCUCGCCAAGAGGCAGAACUCGAUGCUCAACAUAAUAACGCUAAUGAAGAAUCUGAGGAAAUAGUAGUUACAACGGAGGAAGAGGAUAAAGCUUAUGAAUCCACUGAAGAACCGCCAAUAGCAUCACCUGAACCAGACACUCAUACAAUUGAACCCCUAAUUGAAGACAGUGGAGACAUUGACGAUGUAUUCGGAGACAAUCCUGAGGACUAAUCGAGACACUGGCUAUAGAACUACUUGACAUAUAACGACCUUCAUUAGAGUAAUCGACUAAACGGAUGAAAAACUAUUCUAAAUAAAAAAAAAAUGAAAAAUAUGGUCUAAUCUAAAUCAUAUCGGAAUUCUCUUUUAUAAAUAUGUACUACAAGGAAGAUCGCCUUAAAUUUCAUUCUUUAGCUAGCAUUAUUUCUUGUUAUUUUUCAUUAUUGCGCUGAUAAAUGCACAACACUCUCAUUGUUUUCAGACAUACGGAAAUAAAAAUUUAAGUAAACGUAUUAUAAAACAUGUUGAGAAUUACCUUUCUAAUGAAUAAAUUAGAUAACAGGUAUAUCAUGAACAUGUUACAAGGCGCAUUCUUAAAAUAGAAAUUAUUGUGCUGUACAAUAACAAUAAUGUAAAUAUUAAGAAAUUACAAUAAUAAUCUGUUGUAUUGUGUUUUCUUUAUCUAGAACCUUAAUGUUUCUUAUUGAAAUGUGUAUUGACGCUGUAAUCAAAACAUACAUGAUAUGAAAUCUACGUUUAAUCAAUGAAUGUAUAAAUAUUAAAAGAAACAGAAUAAAAAAGUAAUAUAGAGAAAUCCUAAAAAAAAAAUAAA